GAAGCUUAAUUCGAUAUAUCUAUGUAAUAACAUAUACACAACAGAGAGUGAAUUAAUCAUGGAGGUAAAAGAAAAACAUGAUUUUGACCUGGAGGAUGAGGACAAAGUUAAUAUAGAAACGGAUUCGAUAUCAGAAGAAAGUUCAGAAGAAGAUCGUGAACAAUGGGACAAAAAAAUCGAAUUUAUUUUAUCCAUGCUUGGUUACAUUGUUGGAUUAGGAAACUUUUGGAGAUUUCCUUACCUAUGUAUGAGAAACGGUGGCGGUGCCUUUCUAUUCCCGUUCAUUAUCUGCUGCAUUUUCAUAGCAUUUCCGUUGUUUUUCCUGGAAGUGUCACUUGGACAGUUCACAGCACGGAGCACAGUCCAAUGUUGGGAGGUGUGUCCUUUAUUCAGAGGCGUCGGAAUGGGCAUGGUGAUCCUAAACGUUGUAUGUGCUUUAUAUUACGUCAUGGUGGUCACGUGGACAUUAUACUAUCUUUAUAACUCUUUUAUAUCACCACUGCCAUGGACAACAUGUGGAAAUCUUUGGAAUACAGAACAAUGUUACAAUGGACCAAUUACAUCUUUAAGCAAUAAUUAUUCUCGUGCAGUGGGAUAUAUAAAUAGUACAGAAGUACAUUCCAAUCUUUUGAUUGCGAAAAACGUCAGUGAUGUUAAUAGUACAAUAUCUAAUUCGUCAUCUUACGGAAAUUUUUCCAUUGACCGAAUAUCAAGUCAAGAAGAAUUUUGGCAAUAUAAAGUUUUAGACAUGUCGAAAGGAAUAGAAGAGAUGGGAAGUUUAAAUCUAAACAUACUUAUUUGUUUGUUCGUAUCCUGGGUAGUUCUCUUCCUAUGUCUUAUGAAAGGGAUAAAAUCCGUUGGGAAAGUAGUCUAUGUGACAGCUACAUUACCAUAUAUUUUAAUGAUUAUUUUGUUAGUCAGAGGUUUAACAUUACCAGGAGCGAUGAAUGGAAUACGAUAUUACAUAUAUCCUAAUUUUACUAGAAUAGGUGAUCCAAAGGUAUGGAUUGAGGCAGCAAUUCAAGUAUUUUAUUCAACAUGUGUUUGUUGGGGACCUCUUAUCACUAUGGCGAGCUAUAAUAAAUUCAACAAUAAUUGUUUGAGAGAUUCUGUAAUGCUGAUUACUAUGGGAGAAGGUUUUAGUGUUUUUGGUGGGUUUGUUGUUUUUUCUGUUCUUGGAUUUAUGGCACAUUCAAACGGUGUUGAGAUAGAAGAUGUCGUUAAAUCAGGGCCUGGUUUGAUUUAUAUAGCAUACCCAGAAGUCGUAGCCAAACUGCCACUACCCAAUCUUUGGGCUGUUAUUUUCUUUAUCAUGAUAUUAACCAUUGGGUUAGAUUCACAAUUUGCAGGUAUUGAGCCUAUAAUUGCCGUUUUCUGUGACAGUUUCCGGUAUAUAAGGAAAAGAAGAAUGAUGUUUACUGCCGUUUUGAUGGCAGCUUUCUUUUUGUUGGGACUUCCCUUUUGCUUUCAGGGUGGAAUAUUUGUAUUUCAACUAAUGGACUGGUAUAUAGCUGCAUUUUGUAUUCCAAUUUUUGGAAUAAUUGAAUGUUUGGUGUUUGGUUGGAUAUAUGGAGCCGACAAUUUUUCUAGAGAUAUAGAACUGAUGAUUGGUCGGCCUAUCCCAAUUGUAAUAAGGAUAUUAUGGUGCUUCGUCACGCCAGUAUUACUUUUUAUCUUACUUAUUAUGAUUGUGGUUCGAUAUGAAUCACCAACAUAUGGAGAGUACAGUUACCCACUGUUAGCUAAUGUAUUUGGGUUUACCUACGCCUUAGUCCCACUACUUCCUGUGAUUAUAUGUGCCGUUAUAACUGUUUUACAGUCAGACGGAAAUUCUGUAUUAGAGAAAUUAAGAAACUCUUUACGACCAACUAUGUUAUGGCAACCAGGAGAUAAAAAUGAAAGAAAAAGAUAUAUGGAAAUGGAUGUUACAGAUACACAGACAUUCUCAGAAAGAAUUAGUUUGACACUUUUGGGUCGAUGAUGUCAUAUAAAUAUCAAGCAUGUGCAAAACAAUAGACCACUUUCGAGUUCAUCCGUCACCGGAAACAACUCGUCAAUUAUACGCGCCUUUAUCAUCGUCAUUUGUGCGUUUAGGGGCGUCGUCACUUCCUUCCAAUGUUGAGCGAGUGGUUGGAAAACUAUAAUUCUAUAUUGUACGAAUUAUUCGGCAAAUUGAAUUCUCAAAAUUGACAAUCAACACUGCUGUCAUUAGGGAAAUGUCAGUAAGUACCUACAGAGCAACCAUUAUUUCUAGUUUAUCCUGCACAAAGACGAUCACUAAGACGCUUGAUGAACGUAAAUAGUGCAGGGAUACAGGCGAGCCCUUCUAUCUGGUAAAUGACGUCAUAAAGGCGUGUAUAAUUGACGAGUUUUUGCCGGUGACGGAUGAUCUCGAAAGUGGUCUAUUGAUAAACUUUAUCUACCAAUGAGUAAGAUUGAAGUGAUUGAUGAACAAAUAACAAUAAUUGUCUCUGCAAUGGAUAUAAUAUUGUUGGUGUCGAUCAUUCAAAGUAUUGCUUCUUAGAAGGUACACAAAUGGCAAAUAAGUGUUUUGUUCUUUUGAAUUACAACACCAAUGUAAGCAAUAUUGUAGAAGUUGUUUGACAAGAAUAAAAAAGAUAUAUAAUAUGCUUGCUA